UUAGAGCAGAGAAUCAACCAGCUCCUCUAGAGCAGCAGCAAUAGCUGGUGUCAGGUCUCUGUAUGGAGCGUUCCCUUGGGGCAUUAUCAGAAGAAGCCGUUUCUUGGCUCGCUGAAGCUCGCAGUGGACCCUGGAGGCAGCUGACUUGGGGUAACAGGGUCAGAACAACUUCCCCUUUUAGCCCUGUGAUGCCAGCCGUGGGCAGCUUGGUCUGCGGCUUGGCUUGUGCCAAUGUAGCCCACACACCUCCUGGGCGUGGUGCUCUGUCCUGUUUGGUGGCACCGAGAUCACUGAGAGAGAGAGAGAGAAAAUGAGCCCAGAGGUCCCAGGUUCAAUCUCGCCUGCUGACAACUGGGGUCUGUCGGCGUUACACCAACUCUGACUUUCUCUCCUAACGGAAGCUUUAGAAGCAGAGAGCCAAGCAACGUCCACUCCUUCGCUCUGCCAGGACAGCAGACACGCCGCUGCAGAUGAGAUCUCCCUUUACCACCCCCUCUCUGAUUCAUAGCCCGGACGUCCCCAGUCUGAGCUGGCUGUGGGGGGCCGGGAUUGCCCCCAUGGCGCACUGCUCCAGUUUGCAUCAUGGCUCUCUUGGAGCCCACGGCAGCUGCCAAGUGGGUAACACACUUGAUAUCCCCGUGAUGCUCUCCCUGUUCUUCAGCACAGAGAGCGAAAGGGAGAGGCUCAUGCGCGCCAGCCAGUCCCUGCUGGGCUCCCUGCAAGGAUGCAUCUUGGCCACCCGCCCGCUGCUCUGCAUCCUCACCCAGCACCUUGACACCAGCGUGCCCCUCGACCCGGUGGGGGGAGACGUCAGUGUGGGGGAGAACCUGGAGCGCCUGCUGCGGGCGGCGCAGGAGAUGCACGCCACGGCGGAGCAAAUGGACAGACACGUGCAGAAGAACACCAGCCGGGACCUGUACGCCCACAUGGCCUCCCCCCACACCUCGCUGCAGGAGAAGGGGGCCAUUGUCCGGGACUUCCACCAGGCCACCCUGGGGAUCUUCGGCAGCGUGGGUGGCCCCGUGGUGGCCGUGCUGCUGCGGAACGCCGGCCUCCCCGAGCGGCUGGAGGCGGCUCUGCGGGAGGCGGAGGCCUCCCCGGUGCUGCGCCUGCCGAUGGACGCCCUGCGCCGGAGCAGUGAGGAGAUCGCCAGGGCCGUGUCUGCUUGUGUCGCCCCUGGGGGCCCAGCUGGGGAAACGGCUGCAGGGCCCCCCGAGAACGGCCCCUUCUCCGGGACUGGCGUGAUGCAGUCUGGGCGACUACCUGCCCGAUGCCCUCACGGGGCGCCGUGCUAGGAAUGCCCUGGCAGCAGCCGCCGGGCACCUGGAGGAGGCGCUCCGGGCUCUGGCACCGGCCUGCAAGUCUUUCCAGUUGGCGGCUGCCGCACCUGAGGUCUCCAUGGCCCUGAUCACGGAGCAGCAGCCGGGAACGGGAGAGGGCCCGGGCCAGAAUCCUCCCGGCAUCGCCCAUAGAGCUGAGCAGGCAAAGCCAUGACAGCGCCCCCCUCACCAUGGCACACGCACCGGCAGGCUCUGCCCUGGGCUCUGCGCUGGUUAACGAGCCCGGCACAGCCCAGCAUGUGGGGCUGGCAGCCGGGAACCACAGCAAAUAAAGGGACCUGAGCAAAACCG